AUUAAAGAAAACAAUAUCCAAAUAUGAUUGAGCUGUUAGUUGAUUGUAAUUCAAGUGGUGCACAAAUAGUUUCACUUGGUGAGCAGGGUGUAAGAAAGAGUAAUGAUUGAUAUUUACACGUAGGAUUGCAUUGCCAUUUGUGUGUCAUUAGUAGGAGAAACAAAAGUGGAAGAAAGUUCAUUUACUGGCUCUAUACAAAAUUUAAAAUUGUGAUUCCAUUCCAAAUGCAUAAUAUAAUAUAAUUGCACUCGCAUAGGAGGCAGUGGUGUUUUUGUUCCAAGACAUUUACAUAUAUGUUCAUGUAAAUUAGUUUUAGGCAAAAACAUAUAUAGAAGCAUCAACUCUCUCUCUCUUCUCUUUGCGGCAAUUAAGUUUCAAACUCAAAAAGGUUGAUGGAGAUGAGCACAGUUUUUCAUGUUGUUACCAUUUUUAUUGCUAUCAUUCUCUUAUCAUCAGACCCUUUGGAUGUAGCGAAUGCAAACUCUGAAGGUGAUGCCCUGUACGCCUUCAGAAGAGCUGUAAAAGACCCAAAUAACAUUCUACAGAGUUGGGACCCCACUUUGGUGGAUCCUUGUACAUGGUUUCAUGUUACCUGUGAUCAUGAUAAUCGGGUUACUAGACUAGACCUUGGACAUGCAAAACUUUCUGGCCAUUUGGUUCCUCAACUGGGGAGCCUCCACCGCCUUCAGUUUCUAGAAUUGUACAAGAAUGAAUUGGUGGGACCAAUACCAAAGGAACUAGGAAACCUGAAGAACCUGAUUAGCUUGGGUCUAUACCACAAUAACCUCACUGCUUCCAUCCCUCCUACCCUCUCCAACCUCUCUAAUAUCAAAUUAUUGCGACUCAACAACAACAAGUUGACAGGAAGAAUACCAAGAGAACUAACUAAACUGAAAAACCUCAAGAUCAUAGACCUGUCAAACAAUGAUCUCUGUGGUACCUUCCCCACAUACGGCUCCUUCUCCAACUUCUCUCAACAAAGUUUCAAGAACAACCCAAGACUUACAGGUCCAGAAUUAAUGGGAUUCGUCAGAUAUGAUAUUGGAGGAAGCUGCAAAUGAUAGAUUGCAACAUUACUGACCUGUACUAAACUACAACCCAUUAUGUAAUGUGAUGUGUAGAUCUAUCUAUCUAUCUAUCUAUCUAUGUAUGUAUUUGAAUCACAGAAAUCUUUGGUAGCCAGAUCUUUAGAUUCUUUACAGCUAGUAAGGAUGGUUUGGCGUUGUCGAUUUGUAAUAUUGAUAUAUGCGUCAUGAAAAUAACGCAGGGUAAUCAACUAAUCAUAUUUGGGUA